CCACUUUCCUGUCCUGGAUCAUACUAUGAAUAUGAGUAAAACAGACGUAUGCAGAGUGACAGAGACCGAAUAAUUUGUAUAAUGUAUUGCAAUUGGCGGUGUGGCAAAGGAUAUCAAGGUUGGAUGGCUUGAAGGGACCCGCCGUGCAGUGGAAACUCCAGUGAUGUUUGAAAGAGCCUAUCCAAAAAGUCGGUCCCUAAUGUACAUGUCGAGUGUGGAGUAUACGGCUUGGUGGAGCCGAAAGAAAGAGCUAGAGCCACGCAUGGUAAUCCCUGCGUUAUCCUUGAACCAAAACACCACUAUGCCAACCAAAUACAAUGGUAGCAAAUCAUAUACAAUUGGCAGUGCGCCACAGAUAAUGGCAGUUCGACAAUGAGAACGACAAAUAAACGUGUCCGCCAAUGAUCAUUGAGUGAUUGUUUCAAUUGGAACCUCCAUUCGGAGAUGUCACGGUUGUAGCG